AUGGGAGUUUCCCUCCUCCCACCCACAGCAGGUCUGCUGUGGGUGCUGGUUUCCUGGCGUCCCUGCAGGCCCCCCCCACCCCAGCCGCUCCCGUUUGCGGAAGUUCCUCUUUGCGCAGAGCAGAAAACCAGUGGGGGGAGCCUGGCUGGGGAGGGGGGGGGAGCGGACGCACCUGGGUGCAGGGUCCCCCUUUGUGGGAUCCGCACCAACCACAGAGACCCAAGCAGAGGAUGGACAGGGACGGGCGUGUCUGGGAGAGCCUGGGGGAUUUCGUCUCGGGUCCCCUUGUCACAUGGCAGAGACCCAACCCCGUGGCGUGCCCGGCCACCCCAGAGCCAGCAGGGCGACGAGAGGCUGCGACUCCAGACCCUGCACACCCUGCUGCAGCAGCUUCGCGCUUUCUACCAGGAUGAUUUGCAGCAGCUGAUUCUAAUGACUCCCCCUAAUGUGCAGCUUCUCGCCAGAGACCCCCUGACAGAGCAGGGCAUCAACGAGAUGCGGAAGCUGCUGCUGCUGCUCCUGGGGGCUGCUGUGCAGUGUGAGCGGAAGGCAGAGGUCAUUGAACGGAUCCAGGGGCUGGACAUCGAGACCCAGACUGCGCUGGCCGGUGCCAUCCAGGAGGUGACACAGGACCCGGGGGUGGUGCUGAGCCUGCAGUGGGGGGCACUGGCUGAACUGCACCCCCUGGAGCUGACACGGGUCCUGCAGGAGCUGUCGUCCCGGCUGCGGGGCCUGGUGCAGGAGCGGGAUGCGAGUGCGGAGAGGCUGUGGGAGCUGCAGCAGGAGCGGGAGGUGUCGUCCCCCCAUGGCCCGCUGUCCCCUGAGGGGCCCUGGGACAAUCGCCAGCACCUUGGGGUGCAACUGGCUGACGCUCGGGGCCAGGCCCGGCGCCUGCGCCAGGAACUGGAGGAGAAAUCUGAGGAGCUGCUGGAUCAGCGCCAGGAGCUGCAGGAGCUGGAGGCCGAGUUGAGGAGGCUGCGACAAGAGCACCGGGCGGUGGCGGGCGAGGCGCGCCUGGCGGGGCUGUACCGGGAUGAGCUGGAUGCCAUGCGGGAGAAGGCGGCCCGGGCUGAGCGCCUGCAGGGAGAGCUCUCGGCCCUGAGGGAGCGACUGCCCGCACUGGAGCGGUGCCGGGGCAGGCUGGAGGAGGAGCGGGCCUUCUCCCAGGCCCUGCUGGACAGCAAGGCCCAGUUGGAGGGGCAGCUGGAAUCCGCCCGCGCCCGGGCCCAGCACCUGCCCCAGCUCGAGAAGGAGAAUCUGCUGCUGCGGAGCCAAUUAGAGCAAGUUGAAGAGGAGCGGGAGCGGGAGCGUCAGCAGCUGGAGGAGCUACAGCAGGAGAAGGUGUUGCUGGAGGGGGAGCUGAGGCAAAAUUUGGGGGAGUCCCAGCACCUAUCCUGGGAAGAGGAGCAGGAGCCCAGUGAGGCUCCCAAUGACCCUGCUGAGACUCCCAAGUCCCUGAGCUAUGAGGUGACUGAGGUGACGUCCAGCCGCCUGCUAGCACUGGAGCGGGAGAACCAGGAGCUGCGCCGGAGGCUGCAGGAGGCACUAGAGGCCCCCAGAGAACCCAGGAGUCCAGGCCUUGAGCAGAAGAAUAAGGCCCUCAGCAAAGAGGUGCAGCGGCUGGGGGCAGAGCUGGAAGCCCAGCGGGCCCGGAGCUGCCAGGAGCGGGAGGAGCUGAGCGCCGCCCUGCUUGGGGAGAAGGAGCAGCUGGAGCAAGAGCUGCGCAGCUUGCAGGAGCAGCGGCACUGCGAGGAGUCUCUGCAGAGCCAGGGGGACCCAGGCACCUGGGCCCAGGAGCAGCAGGAGGCACUGGCAGAGAGUGGGCGCCGGCUGUGCCAGGUGGAGGAGCGGGCGUCCAGCCUGCAGGAGGCAUUGCGCCGGCUGGAGGCCACUCACGCCAAGGCCCUGGAGGGGCUGACGGCCUCCCAGGAGGCCCGGGGGCGCCUGGAGCAGGAGCUGCUGAGACUGCGGCAGGAGCUGGAGCAGCAGCGCCUGGAGGCCCUGCUGCUGGGGCAGCUGGAGGCUGAGGCCCAGGCACUGGAGAAGGAGCGAGAGGCGCUGCGAGCGGAGUUGAGCCAAGCCGAGCAGGAGCUGGCGGAGGCCCGGGGCAGUCUGGAGGCAGAGCGGCAGCGGACUGGGCGCCAGGCUGAACAGGCGCGGGAGGCCGCGGAGGAGUUACGGGCGUCCGAGCGCGAGCUGGGCACCCUGCAGCGCGGGCUGGAGCAACACAAGGCGGCCCUGACCCAGCUGGAGGGCGAGCGAGGGGCGCUGGAGGCGGUGUUGAGCCAGGCUGAGAGAGAGCGCCGGGCGCUGGACAAGGAGACCCGGCGUCUGCGGGCCCAGACCCAGGCCCAAGAGGAAGCACUGGCAGAACAGGGCCGCCGGGCCGCCCAGCUGGAGGCCCAGAGCCGGCUGCAGGCGCUGGAGUUGGGUGGGCUGAGAGAGACAGCGCAGCGGCUGCGGGAGCUGGAGCAGGAGAGCAAGGGGCUGCGGGAGCAGUUGGCAGCCGAGCGCAAGGCCUCAGCCGCUCUGCGGGAGGAGCUGCUAAGCGAGAAGGUGAAGGGACAGGAGCAGGAGGCUGACCUGGUGCGGCUGCGGGAGCAGCUGGAGCGGCGGGAGGAGGAGCAGCGCCUCCUGGAGGAGCAGCAGGGCACCCAGCAGAGCCAAUACCAGAGCCUGGAACAGCGGCUGGAGUUGUCCUUCAGAGAGAUGCUGGCUCUGAAGGAGGAGAAGAUCGGCGCCCUCCGCAGCCAGGUGGAGGAACUGCUCGUCCUCAAUCAGCACCUGGGGAAAGAGCUGCGCCAGGUGAAGAGCAGCCCUGGGGCCCCCCUACCCGAAGUGCCAGGGGCUGUGGAGCAGGACCAGGGGAACCCCGAGCUGGCGCUGGGGCUUCGGGCUGAGCCGGAGAGCGACACCCUGAGCAAGCAUCUCAUCGAGGUGGAGCGCAGCAACGCGGCACUGCUGGCGGAGAAAGAGGCUCUGUUGGGGCGGCUGGGGCAGCUGGAGUCACAGCUGGGCGCCCUGCAGGGGGAGCUGCUGAGCCUGCAGGGGCAGAGCGGAGGCCUGCGGGAGGAGAGUGGGCGACUGCAGGCCCAGUGUGGGGCUCUCCAGGUGGAGCAGGCGGCGUUGCUUUCCCAGAAGGCAGCACUGGAGGCCCGGGCGUCGGAGCUGCGGGAGCGACUGGCAGGGCUGGAGGCUGAGGUGCGGGUGGCCCGGCAGGAGCGGGAUGAGUGGCGCGGGCGCCACGAAGGGCUGGUGCGCAACCAUGACAAGCUGGCACUGCUGCACGAGCGCCAGGGUGCUGAGCUGGAGGGGCUGCUGGGCAAGCAGGCCGGCCUCAAGGGGGCACUGCGGGCACUGGAGCAGGAGCACCGAGAGCUCCAGGAUAGGCACAGCCAUCUGGUGGCACAGCAGGCCGGGCUGGAGCAGCGGGAGGCAGCCCUGCGGGGGGAGCGGGAGCGGCUGGAGGGGGCUGAGCGGGAACACCGGCAGCUGGGGGAGCAGCACGCCCGGCUGCAGGACGAGCAUGCACGGGUGCAGGUGGCACUGGCUGCGGCUGAGAGAGCACAGGAGGAGCAGCAAGGGGAGCUGCGGGGCCUGCGAGGCCGGCUGACGGGACUGCAGCUGGAGCAGGCACGGCUGGAGGCUGAGGGCACCGCCCUGCGGGAGCAGAACCACCAGCUGGAGGUGGCGCUGGGCCGGAUCGGAGACCAGUGUGAGCUCCUGGCCCAGCUGAAGGGGAACCAGGAGGAGGAGAACCGACACCUGCUGCAGGAGAUCCAGAAACUGAGCCAGGAGAACCGCAGCCUGCUGGAGCGCAGCAUGGAGAGCCGGGAGCAGUACCACUCGGAGCAGCGCCAGCACCUGGAUAAGCUGAAUGAGCUGCGCCGGGAGAAACAGAAGCUGGUGGAGAAGAUAAUGGACCAGUACCGAGUGCUGGAGCCAGCGCUGCCUAAGAGCAAGAAGAGCAGCAACUGGAUCGCGGACAAGAUGAAGAAGCUGAUGAAGCCGCGGCGUGAGCCCUCCCGGGAACAGCAGCGCCCCCUGGCACAGGGGGCCAAUAGCAUUGAGAACCUGCCAGGACUUGGGCAGGAUGGGCGCGCACCUGAUGGGGACUCCAGUGCCCCUGCCUCGCCUGUGCCCCUGCGCAAGGCCAGCAGCGUGCUGAGUCUGCCCGACGCCCAGCGGGUGCACCUGCGGCUAAACCGGCGCAAGCUGAGCUCCCGCGUCCUGGUCAGCGAGUCCUUCGGGCCUGGGGACGCCACCCCCCGGCAGCGCUUCCGCCAGCGCCAGCGCCCCCUUGCCUUCCUGGGGGGCUCCCGCGAGGAGGCCGCUGCCCCCUGGGAGGCCCAGGAGGGGCAGAGACUCCCCAGUGCUGGCAGCGAGGAGGGAGGGCUACCGCAAGGGAAGGAGAAGGCACCGCUCACGCCCCAGCUCAGUCAGUGAGCCCAGCUCAGCCCCACCCGGAUGGCAGCAACGCAGGGAACCGAACCAGGAAGGGGUCCUGCUACAGCCCCAGCUCCCAGGAUCCUCCAGCCACAUGCCAGGGGCCCAGAGAAUUGGCUCUGCCCCCCCCCAUCUCAGCUCC